GCUACUACUAACUGGAGAAAUAGAGGUCUCUUCUUGGUUACUUAAGUGGUUUGGUUUACCCGGUUGAAACUUCUCCAAGUCCUCAUUCCUAAGCAGGAAAAGGCUGAGGAUCACUACGGACGUUGAAACCCCUACCAAAGACUACGGCGGGGGAGUGUACGGCGACCUGACUCCAGCAGAUCAUCACCUGAGAAAACAACCCAGAGCAGGAGCAGGAGCAAGACCAGGACAACAUGGCUGCUUCUCAGGUACUGUUUACCUUGAGGGAUGUGUCAAUAGAUUUCUCUCAAGAGGAGUGGGAAUGUCUGGACCCAGCUCAGCGGAAAUUGUACGUGGAUGUGAUGUUGGAGAAUUACAGGACCCUGGUCUCCCUGGGUUGUGUCUUCCCUCAGCCAGUCCUGGUCACUAUUGUGGAAGAAAUUAAGGAACUCUGGGACAUGUGCAGAAAAAAGUCAAUAUCCACCUACCCAGAUCUGACAUCUGAAGACAACCAGGCCUUGUUGCAAAAGCCAGGAAUAGAAGAUUUAGUCUCUAAAAUAAUACUGAGUACAUGUAAUGAAGAUAGAAGUUAUGAAUGCAGUGGAAAUUGGAAAAUGUUUAACCACAAGUCAAAUAAUAAUAAAUAUCAGAAUACUCAUCUUCCAGAGAACCAUUGUAAAGGUGAAAAAGUUUUUGACCAAAUGUCAAGUCACAAUAUACAUCAGAUUAUUCCUGUUGUGGAGAUAACAAACAAACAAAGUAAAUGUAUCAAAUUACUUAAGGAACCUUCUAAUAGUACUGAACAAAAACAUAUUCCUGUUGGGGAAGAAGAUUACAAAUGUUUGCCGUGUGGGGAAGUCUUCAGUAAAAUAGUUAAUCUAAAUAGACUGAAGAAAAUCUGUACUGAAGAAAAACAUACGUGGAAAGAAUGUGAUAAUCGACCUUCAGGUCUGACUCUAGAUCAGAAAAUACAUACUGGACAUAAGCCUCACAUAUGUAGAGAAUGUGGUAAAUCCUUUAUGUCGUUCUCAACCCUUACUAUUCACCAGAGAAUUCAUACUGGAGAGAAGCCUUAUAAAUGUAGAGAAUGUGGCAAAGCCUUUAUGUCAUUCUCAAUCCGUACUAUUCACCAGAGAAUUCAUACUGGAGAGAAGCCUUAUAAAUGCAGAGAAUGUGGCAAAGCCUUUAGGGAGUCAUCAGCCCGUACUCAGCAUCAGAGAAUUCAUACUGGUGAAAAGCCCUAUAAAUGUAGAGAAUGUGGUAAAGCCUUUAGCCGUUCUUCAUACCUUACUCAGCAUCAAAAAAUUCAUACUGGAGAGAAGCCUUAUGAAUGUAGAGAAUGUGGUAAAACCUUUCGCUGGUCCACAACCUAUAGAAAACAUCAGACCAUUCAUACUGGAGAGAAGCCUUAUAAAUGUAGAGAAUGUGGUGAAGCCUUUCGCUGGUCCUCAUCUCUUACACACCAUCAAAAGAUCCAUACGGGAGAGAAGCUUUAUAAAUGUAGAGAAUGUAGUAAAGUCUUUUCCUGGUCCUCAUCCUUUAGAAAACAUCAGAAAAUCCAUACUGGAGAGAAGCCAUAUAAAUGUAGAGAAUGUGGGAAAGCAUUUCUCCAGUCAUCAAUCCUAACUCAACAUGAGACAAUUCAUACUGGAGCAAAGCGUUAUAAGUGUAGAGAAUGUGGGAAAGCCUUUUGCUGGUCCUCAGGCCUUAGACAACAUAAAAAAAUGCAUACUGCAGAGAUGUCUUAUAAAUGUAGACAGUGUGAUAAAGCCUUCCGUCAUUUCUCAAGGCUUAGACAACAUCAAAAUAUUCAUACUGGACAGAAGCCUUAUAAGUGUAGGGAAUGUGGUAAAGCCUUCCGCCAUUUCUCAAGGCUUAGACAGCAUCAAAAUAUUCAUACUGGACAGAAGCCUUAUAAAUGUAAAGAAUGUGGUAAAGCAUUUCACCAGUCCUCAACUUGUAGUACACAUCAGAAAAUUCACACUGGAGAAAAGCCUUAUGAAUGUAGACAAUGUGGUAAAGCCUUCCGCCAAUUCUCAAAGCUUAGUCAACAUCAAAAUAUUCAUACUGGACAGAAGCCUUAUAAAUGUAAAGAAUGUGGUAAAGCAUUUCACCAGUCCUCAACUCGAAGUACACAUCAGAAAAUUCACACUGGAGAAAAGCCUUAUGAAUGUGGAGAAUGUGGUAAAGCCUUUUGUCGGUCCUCAUCCCUUACAAAACAUCAGGUAAUUCAUACUGGGGAGAAGCCUUAUAAAUGUACGGAAUGUGGUAAAGCCUUUCGCUGGUCCUCAUCACUUACUCAUCAUCAGGUCGUUCAUACUGGAGAGUCACCAUAUAAAUGUAAGUAAUGUGGUAAAACAUAUAAUUGGCCUUCAGGUCUUACUGUACAUCAGAGAAUACAUACUAAUCAGCAGCCUUAUAUAUGUAGAGAAUGUGGUAAAGCCUUUAGGUGGUUCUCAAUCCUUACUAUUCAUCAGAGAAUUCAUACUGGAGAGAAGCCUUAUAAAUGUAGAGAAUGUGGUAAAGACUUUCGCCAGUCCUCAACCCUUACUCAACAUCAGAAAAUUCAUACCGAAGAAAAGCCUUAUAAAUGUAGAGAAUGUGGUAAAGCCUUUCGCCGUUCCGAAACCCUUACAAACCAUCAGAAAAUUCAUACUGGAGAGAAGCCUUACAAAUGUACAGAAUGCGGUAAAGCCUUUAGCCGCUCCUCAACUCUUACUCAACAUCAGAAAAUUCAUACUGGAGAGAAGGCUUAUAAAUGUAGAGAAUGUGGUAAAGCCUUUCGCCAGUCCUCAAAUCUUAUUCAACAUCAGAAUAUUCAUAUUGGAGAGAAGCCCUAUAAAUGUAGAGAAUGUGGUAAAGCCUUUCGCCAGUCCUCAACCCUUACUCAUCAUCAGAAAAUACAUACUGGAGAGAAGCGUUAUAAAUGUAGAGAAUGUGGCAAAGCCUUUAGCUUGUCCUCAACCCUUACUAGACAUCAGAAAAUUCAUACUGGAGAGAAGCCUUAUAAAUGUACAGAAUGUGGUAAAGCCUUUUGCCGGUCCUCAACGCUUAUAAACCAUCACAAAAUUCAUACUGGAGAGAAGCCUUAUGAAUGCAGAGAAUGUAGUAAUGUCUUUUGUCAGUCCUCAGUGCUUACUCAGCAUCAGGAAAUUCAUACUGGAGAGAUGCCUUACAAAUGUAGAUAAUACGGUAAAGCCUUUUGCUAGUGCUCAGUGCUUACUCAACAUCAGAAAAUUCAUACUAGAGUGAAUUCUCAUAAGUGCGAAGGAUGUGGCAAAGCCUUUAAUUUCUCAAACCUUAGUCAUCUUCAGAGGAUUCAUAAUGGUGAAAAGCCUCAUAUAUGUAGAAAAUAUGGUAAAACCUUUCACCACUCCCCAAACCUUACUCAACAUCAGAAAAUUCAUACUGAAGAGAAGCCUUAUAAAUGUAGCGAAUGUGAUAAAACCUUUAGACAAUCCCCAACCCUUACUCAACAUCAGACGAUUCAUACUGGAGAGAAGCCUUAUAAAUGUAGAGAAUGUGGCAAAGCCUUUAGGGAAUCCUCACAAUGUAUUCAACAUCAGAGAAUUCAUACUGGUGAAAAGCCAUGUAAAUGUAGGGAAUAUGGCCAAGCCUUUAAGCAGUCUUCAGUUGUUAGUGUAAUCAUACUUGAAAUAAAUCUUAUCAGUUUGGACUAUGUGACAAAGUCUUUAUUCCUCAAAACGUAUACCACAUCAGGUCAUUCAUACUGGAGAGAAAUGAUAUAAAUGUAAGUGCCAAAUCUUUUAAUCAUCAGUAGUGUCUCUAGAGGAAAACUGUUCAAAUGUAGAGAAUGUGGCAAAGCUUUUAGCCUGUGUUCAAAAUUUCCUUGACAUUGGAGACUUCAUGCUGGAGAGAAACAAAAAAUGUGAAGAAUUUAACAAAACUUUAACCAUUAUUCAAGCCUCCUUCAAGGUUAGAGAAUUUAUAUGGGGAAAAAGUCUUAAAAAUGUAACGAAUUUGGUAAAGUGUUUAGCCCUCAUUCAUAUCUGUCAAUAUCUUACAAUUUUUCUUGGAUAAAAUGUAGCAAAUAUAAAAAAUGUGGCAAAGCUCUACCCAUAUCUUACUUCACAUCAGAAUUCAUUCUAAAGAGAAAAAAUACUAAUGAAGAAUGUUGUAAACUGUUUUCUCAAGGUUUACAGAUUAUUUGACAUGUGAGAAUUUAUACUAGGGGGAAAAAACCUUAAAAAAGAAGAUUGUAAGAAAUUGUACAUGUGGACAUACAGGGAAUGUACAAUGGGUAUGGAAUUUUAUGUUCAUAAUAACUAUAGGCUUUUGUUCAGUAUAUACAGUUCACAAAUCCCAAAGAAUUUAUGCCUGAAAUUGGUGUUAAAGAUGUAGAAAUUUAGGUAUGUAUGUAAGUGAAACAUAAUUUCAAAGUAUGAGUGAAUUCACAGUAGAGCGCUAAAAAUAGUUUUCAGGUAUUAUUAUAAGUCAGAAUACUUACUAUAGAGAAUUAUUCAGAAUUUAAAAACAUAGAGCAUUACUUUUUAAAAAGAUUUUAUUUUCAAUGACAAUGGAUGGGCAGGAGAGAAACAUUAAUGUUCAAGAGAAACAUGAAUCAGUUGGCUCUCUCAUGCCCACUCUCUACUGGGGAUCUGGCCUGCAACCCUGGCAUGUACCUUGACCUGGAAUUAAACAGUGACCUUUUGGUUCACAGGCUGGCACCAAAUCCACUGAGCCAUACCAGCUGGAGCUAGGUCAUUAUCUUUUGAUGUGCUUAAAAAUGUCAAGGAAAUGGGUGUCUCGAUGUGCAUAAUUAACUCAGAAUAUAUACUAUUGUAUAUCAACAGUAUUUGAAAUAUUUUGAAAAGAAAUUGUUAAUCUCCUAUCAGUUGAUGCUACUAUGUUUUUAUUCCUGGUGUGUGUGUGAAAUCAUGGGGUUGAUUGUUGAUCUUUAAAAAUCUGUGAACUCUUGAAUUCAGCUACAGAGAUCUCAUAGCCAUUAUCCACUGAAGUGCUGGGGUCAUAGCAUCUUAAUUGCUCUCCCCCUCCCCCAUCAGGCAAGCAAGCCCUGUUGGUGCUAAUCAGUAGUUUGGAAAUUUUCUAAUAUAAUGACACAUCAGAAUUUGAUAAAUGUUUUUAUUAUAGUUAUAUAUUUUAGAAAAAAAUGAAGGUUGCAACUCAUGGAGAACCCUAUGUUUUUUAAUGUGAAUAUGUGUUUUUGGAAAAUAACAUAAUGGCAUUUGUGUGUUUGGAAAUUGGAAUGAUCUGCUGUGACUGGUGUGGCUCAGUGGGUUGGGUGUUGUCACAAGAAAAGAAAGGUCACCCAUUCAAUUCCUUCUUAGAACACAUGCCUGGUUUGAGGGCAAGGCGUGUGAGAAGCAACUGGUCCACAUUUCUGUAACAAGUCAGUGUUUCUCUCCCUCUCUUUCUUCCUCCUCUUCUCUCUCUAGAAAUAAAUAAAAUCUACUUAAGAAAAAAGAAAAUUUGUGCUGUGGUUUGUAUGGCUCAGUGGAUUGAGUACUGGCCUGCAGACUCUUAAGGUCGCCAGUUCGAUUCCCAGUCAGGGCACAUGCCUGGGUUUUGGGACAGGUCCAUGAUUGGGGCAUGUGAGAGGCAACCAAUCGAUGUUUCUCUUCCCCUCUUUCUUCCUCUCUUCCCCUCUCUCUAAAAGUAAAUAAAUAAAAUCUUUAAAAAGAAAUUAGAAUGAUCUUUCUGGUCCCGAUUUUCAUUUGAGUCCUUGAGAAUUUCUCAGUGUUACAUCAUUACCUUCUCCUUUACUGAAGUAAAAACAGAACAAAUUGAACAGGCUUUAUUUUUAAUCAUAAAUGUAGCCAACUCUUGCUCAUUGUUUCUAGAGAAAUUCCAGAGACCAUUGCAGACUUUAGGUUGAAAGAUUUUCUUUAUGAUUUUGGAUGCAAAAUUAUUUUCCGUGUCUUUUACAUAGCUUGGGGUGUAUCCAUUGUCCCACACAUACCUUGAGUGCAUUUCAAGCCAUCAGAACCAUUUCCAGGAAUUUCAGGUGGAGAUAGUUUAAAAUGGAAGCCCGAAAGUCCAAUUGGCUUUUUCAUUGUCUUGCUAGAUCUGUACAAGCUGCUAAAUAUUAGUCCCUAAUGCAUGCACCUGCCCGAAAAAUCACAAACAUUAUAGAAACUAUAGAUUGGAUACUAUUCUACUUUACUUCCUGACAUAGGUAUAGACACAGUAUAUGCAGCAUUAUUGCUAUGCAUCUACUGAUGUUUUGUGUCUAGGACUGAUUACCUGGACCAGUGGCUUUAUGAUUUUAGUUUGUUAAAGGACAAAGUCUAGGGCUCAGAACAUAUAUAGGAAUAAAAUCUCAGGUAGAUGAGAGUUGUUCCUUAUCAGGUACUCCAGUGAUGAGUGUUGAAGAGUUUUAUUAAUACAAAUAUUACCUACAUAAAUUUUUUAGUCUUUUGUGGUCAUUUUAAAAAAGCUUUUAUUGUUCCUUAGAUUAGAGUUGAUUCUGCCUUCAUUGUGUCCAGAAUAUAUAUUCUGCUUUGGGGUAAAAUUCUUUAAAUGUUCCACAUCCAUCUCUAAUGUGUCAUUUAAGACCAUAGUUUUCGUCUUGGUUUUCUGUGAGUUCUAUCUGUGGAUGUCAGUGGAAAGUUAAAGUUCCCUACUGUGACUGCAUUGCUGAAUAUGAAAUUUGCAAUAAAUGUAUACCUGUCAAUAAUCAUUUAAACAUAAAUAUAUUAAAUGUCCAUAUCAAAAAGAUAAGGUAGCCCUGACUGGUGUGUCUCUUUGUUGGUUGGUCAUCGUCUUGCAAAGCAAAAGGUCUGUGGUUUGAUUCCUGGCCAGGGCAUAUGCCUGGGUUGCAAGAAGUGCCACCAGAUGCGGUGCAUAUGAGAGGCAACCGAUUGAUGUUUCUCUCACAUCUAUGUUCCUCUCCCUCUCUCUAAAAAUAAAUAAAUCUUUAAAAAACAGGGUAGUGAAUAGAUAGCACAGCAAGAGCCAUGAAUAUGCUGUCUGCAAGACACCCACAUUAAAUGAAAAGAUACAAAGUGAAAGUAAAAGGGUAAAAAAAGUUAAUUCACCUCUACUUUUGGGCCCCAGAAGAACCUGCUCUGCAGAGAAUUCUGUUCUGAGAUAUCUAAUAGUGGAUUGUGUACAUAUAAUAGGUAUGAGAAUAGCCAUGCCAAUAAUGAGCAGAGUUUUAAUGGAGUUAAUGUAUAAACAGCUUUUAGAUAUCCAGAGACUUAUUUUGGCAAGUUAGAGCAGGUCUGAUGGGUGACUGAGGUAAAGAUGCUUAAAAAAAAAACAAACAUGAAUCACUUGAUGAUUAUUUACUUUCUCUUUUUAAAAUUUGGGAUUCCAAUAAAGAAAUGUCUGUGCUAUUGUGAAAAAGGUAUUUCUUUUCAAUGGAAAAUUUAAAAUGCUGUGGUAGCUAUACUUAUGUCAAACAAAAAAGAAAUUAAAAGAGAGGCUACAAAAGGAAAGGAGGAUAUUUCAUAAUCACAAAGGGAUCAACUUACCAAGAGGAUAUGACCCUUGUAAACAUUAAUACACCCAAUGUAGGAAACCUGAAUAUAGAAAGCAAAUACUCAGGAACAUAAGCGGGAUUGAUCUUUUUAAUUUGGAUUUCUUGUUUUUGGUUAUUGAGGAUUUUUAAAAAAGAUUUUAUUUAUUUUUAGAGAGAGAACAAGGGAGGGAGAAAGAGUGGGAGAGACAUUAGUGUGUUGCCUCUCACAUGGGCCCCACUGGGGACCUAGCCCACAACCCACGCAUGAGCCCUGAUUGGGAAUUUAAAUGAACAACCCUUUGGUUCGUAGGCUGGUGCUCAAUCCACUGGGCUACACCAGCCAGGAUGGUUACUGAGUUGAAAGAAUUAGUCAAAUAUGGAUAGUAGACCCUUUGAUAGACUAUAUUUUUACUUAUGUGGUAAUAUCCUUCAUUACAUGGAAUUAAUUUUGAUGAAGAUUGAUUUAUUUCAUUUUUUCCUUUUUUGUGUGUUGGUGUUAUAUAUAAAAAUAUACUGGUAAAUCCACAGUCAUGAACAUUUAUCCCUAUAAUUUUAUCUAAGAAUCCUAUAGGCAUGCCUGCUUCUUACAUUUAGCUCCCAUAUAUUGAUAGUUUUUGUGUCUUGGCUAAAUUAUAACCAUUUUUAUUUAAAAUACCUACCGAAGCCUGGCUGUUUUGGCUCAGUGGAUUGAAUACCAUCCUGAGAACUAAAGGGUCGCCAGUUCAAUUCCUAGUCAAGACAUAUGCCCGGGUUGCUGGUCAGGUCCCUAGUGGGUGGUACACGGGAGGCAACUACAUGUUGAUGUUUCCCCUCUCUUUAAAAAUAAGUAAAUAAAAUCUUAAAAAAUAAAAUAAAAUAAAACACCUACUGAAUCUGCUCUGGCUGGUGUGGCUCAGUGGGUUGAGUGCCUGCCUGAGAACUGAAAGGUCACCCGUUUGAUUCCUGGCCAGGUCCCCAGUUGGGGGCGUGUAAGGUGCCCAUUUGGGGAUUGAUGUAUCUCUGGCACAUGGUGGUUUCUCUCCCUCUCUUGCUCCUUUCCUCUAGAAAUGAA